AUGAACAUUGGCCGUUGCGCCCUGAAGCACCGCAUCGUCAUGGCUCCCAUGACACGCUUGAGGGCAGAUGACGACCAGGUCCCUCGAGAUCUAGUUCUUCUCUACUACUCUCAGAGAGCAUCCGUCCCAGGCACUUUACUCAUUUCUGAGGCUACCUUCAUAUCACCCAAGUCACGGGGGAGAGAUGAAAAUGCCCCCGGCAUCUUCACCAGCCAACAAGUUGAGGAGUGGAAACGAAUAACGGACGAUGUGCAUGCAAAGGGGUCCUACAUAUUCAUGCAGCUGUGGCAUGUAGGCCGUGCCGCUCGCCAGCAUGCCCUUGAUCGAGCAGGUUUGGAGAUGGUGAGCAGCAGCAACAUCCCCAUCAGCGACCAGCACCCGACCCCGCGGGCAAUGACGACGGAGGAGAUCUGGGAGUGCAUCGGUGACUUCGCUCAGGCAGCCAAAAACGCAGUCUCUGCUGGCUUUGAUGGCGUGGAGAUUCAUGCCGCCAACGGGUAUCUUAUUGACCAAUUCACCCAGGAUACCUGUAACAAACGAACCGACGAGUGGGGAGGGAGCAUUGAGAAACGGAGUCGCUUCUGCCUUGAGAUUGUAAAAGCCGUUUCCGAAGCCAUUGGUCCUGACAGAGUGGCUGUGCGUCUCUCGCCAUUCAGUGACUUCCAAGGGAUGCGCAUGGAAGACCUAAUACCGCAAUUUACGCACAUUAUAUCAAAGUUGAGAAAGCUCAAGUUGGCUUAUUUGCACCUUAUUGAGCCCCGUGUUUCUGGAAAUGCCGACAAACAGGCGGGCAGCGGAGAAAGCUUGGAUUUCGCCAUCAAGGCUUGGAACAAGGCUGGUCCCAUCAUUCUUGCCGGGGGGUACUCUCUUGCUGAAGUAGAGGAGGCUCUAGAGACGCGACUCCAAAGCGAGGACGUAGGAUUUGCAUUUGGCCGGCACUUCAUCUCCAAUCCAGAUCUGCCGUACAGGCUCGCAAAUAAUAUUCCUCUCACACCUUACCAGCGUGACACCUUUUACAAGGUGAAGAGCCCUGACGGAUACACAGAUUACAGCUUUUCUGAUGAAUGGAAGGCUGAGGCUCCCUAG